AUGGGACCCAAGGCCACACCCAGCUGUGGACUGUGCUCCCAGCCAUCCAAGUACCGCUGCUCGGCGUGCCCUGUGCGAUACUGCUCUGUCGCGUGCUACAAGAAACACAAGGAGACGUGUGUGGCAACUACAGCAGCAGCCACGGCCUCCGCGCCCUCCCUCGAGCCCGCGUCGGCCCCAGCAACAAGCGAGCAGGCAGCAGCACCACCGUUCGACGCCCCCAAGGCGGACCCACUGGCUCCCGCCGUCGACGCACCACCACCGCCGCUCCGCGCCCUCGCCGGCCUGCGCUGGCCGCCCGAGCCCGACGCCUCGGUGUUCCAGGACCCGCUGAAGCGCGACGACCCAAAACCGCUCCGCCACGCCGAGCUGGAACGCAUCGCCACAUCGGCCCCGCUGCGCGAACUCCUCACACACCCGGCACUCACCAAAGUCCUCGCGGCACUAGACGCGCUCCCGACCCCGAACGCGCGGCACGCGUCCCUCGCGCGCCUGCUCGGCGUGGAUGGGACGAGUCUCGCCAAGCCCGCCGCGGCCGCGCUGCUGCAUCGGUCCGGGUCGCCGCCGCCGCUGCAAGAUCUGCUCGGCGGCGGCGGGGCGCAGAGCACCGCUGCGGACGACUGGGGCAGCGACGGGUGGUGGCUUGGCCGGGACGACGCGCGCGUCUGGAUCGGGCCCGAGGAACGCCGGCUCAUGCGGCUGUGGGCGGGCGUCGUGGUCCAGGCCGUCGACGAUGAUGGCGACGGCGCGUGGGGUGCCGCCGACGGUGACCUGGAGUGGGAAGUGUAG